GUCCACCUUGGAGGAUGGGGACGAUGGGCAAGUUGUUCACACCCAACUUGCUCUCUCACCCCAUCUUUCACUGCCAAAACGCUAACGGCUGCACUGCGCUACAUGCCUCUCAGCCCAGCGAACGCUGCGCAUGCCCUAGGAGACUACUUACACUCAUUUCCAGAUGACCACCCACUGCACGUCGCGCUAAGGACAUAUGCGCUCUCACUCUCAUUAUCACUUGGUCCUGCGCUGGUCCCCUUCCUGAUUUCACCAAAGGCGCGUGCAGGGGGUAUUAAAGCUUUGACAAAUGUGCUAAGAAGGGAGUUUGGAAUUUCAAGUUUCGCGUCUUCUAUGACCGUCGGGGUCGGAGGAGGAGCCGCACUGAAAUUCAUUUUGGACAAUUGGAGCAAACGAUUUCACAGGGAUGCUUCGUGUUCAACGAAAGCAACAUCCCCGUUGCCUAGCUGGUGGCAAAGGCUAAAAACAUGGUUGGCCUCGUUGGACGAGUUCCACCGCAAUUUCGUCUCCAACCUUAUCUCCGCAUAUAUGGCUAUUGUCCUGCUACAAUCUAGGCGUCGUUUGUCGAGGAAUACACCACCGAGGGCGGCCAUUCCGAUGACUGCACUCACCACCUCCACACCCACAUCACCGUCGUUUACACUCGACUUGACUCUUCUUUUUGUGGUUCGAGCGAUAGAUUCCCUUGUUCGAUCCAAAUUGCUGCCAUGUGAGACAAAGCUUAGUUCAAAAGCUACCAGGGAGGAGAAGGAUCGUGUGCGAAACAAACGACAGCAGGUUACUACCAGGUUGGAUGCAUUCGUUUUCUGGGCUAGCAGUGCCAGGAUCAUGUGGUGCUUCUUCUAUGAACCUGAUUCGCUACCACGCUCUUACAACAAAUGGAUUAUGUCCCUGGCUAACAUCGAUCCCCGUUUGCUGCAUGCUCUUCGCGCUAUUCGGUCUGAUUCGUUUUCUUACGUCAAAGGCUUCUCCAUUCCGCCUGAUCUUGUCUCUGGAUUCUCUCGCGACCUUGGCUAUCCAUCGGCAUGGGGAGACCCAGCCCUCCUGCCAGGCUAUGGUGGUGCAGAAGCAGAUCGUGUUUGGAAGACACUCGGGGUUACGAACAGAUCUGGUGUAGGAGGGCUGCCAUGCGAGCUCGUUCAUAGCGGCUUUGGCUCCAGUUGUACUGCAAACGCGGGAGUCAGAGGAAUACACGCGUUUGCUGAGGCCCUCGCGAUCUACAUCCCCGUUCAUAUCUUGCCUAUCCUCCUCACUCGGCCGCGUACGCUACUUCAAAAGCAGCAGAUUGUCAGCAGCAUCCUAUCCAUUCUUCGUAGCGCAUCUUUCUUAUCCACAUUCGUAUCAUCUAUAUGGUUUGCAAUCUGCAUGACCCGAACCCUUUUUCUCGCUCGCCUAUUUCCCAGCAUUCCACAUGAUUUCUGGGAUGGUCCCUUCGGUUGCACUUUUAUAGGCAGUCUCGUGUGCGGCAGCAGUAUUUGGGUAGAAGAAGGCAAGCGAAGAGGCGAGAUGGCGCUUUACGUGCUCCCUCGAGCCAUCAGGGCCUGCAUCCCGAAAUCAUGGUUGACAAGCGGCCGCAGGAGCGUGCGAGUGGUUGAACGGCUGGCUUUCGUGCUAUCACUAGCAACCCUGCUCACUGCCAGCUCACAAAGUCGGGAGUCAUUGAGAGGCCUUUCGCGCUGGACCUUAUCCUUCGUCAUGAAAGGCCCAAAUACUGGCUUCUGGAAGCGCAAGCGACAGGAUGCCAGCACUACUGCCACACUCCUUGAUUCAAGCUCACCUCGCGAAUCCUCUCCCCCUCCUGAUACCCAGCAAACAAAAACAUAGAAUUUGCUCGAUUUGAUACCCCUAGAUAUCUAAAUCUGCUUGAUCAUGCGCGCCACGUAUAUAGGACAUGAUCGUAGAAAGAACAGCUAGCCACUAGAGUUUCUUGGUUUGUGUUUUCCUCCGUGUACGACCAGUCGGCACCAUAUGCCAUGGAUUUGUGUUUAUCGAAAUGUUGGAUGACUUCACCACCUUCUGCUAGACCGUUACCUGUUAGAUUGAAAUGUAUGACUUUGCAGCCAUUGUGCAUGCAUGC